AUGCAUAUGUGUUUCAAGGAUUUCUUCACUGAAUAUGGUGAAGCAAACCAGUAUGAAAUUCAAGAGGUUGUUGGCAAGGGAAGUUAUGGGGUUGUUGCUGCGGCAAUUGAUACUCACACUGGGGAGAAGGUGGCCAUAAAAAAGAUAACAGAUGUUUUUGAGCAUGUCUCUGAGGCCACUCGAAUUCUUAGAGAAAUCAAGCUGCUGAGGUUGCUUCGGCAUCCUGACAUUGUAGAAAUCAAGCAUAUAAUGUUACCUCCAUGUAGAAGGGAGUUUAAAGAUAUAUUCGUGGUGUUCGAGUUGAUGGAAACUGACCUUCACCAUGUAAUUAAGACAAAUGAUGAUCUCACUCCAGGACAUCACCAGUUCUUUCUGUAUCAGUUACUUAGAGCUUUGAAGUAUAUACAUUCAGCUAAUGUUUUCCAUCGAGAUUUAAAGCCAAAAAACAUCCUUGCCAAUGCAGACUGCAAGUUGAAGAUUUGUGACUUUGGACUUGCUCGUGCAUCAUUCGGUGAUACGCCCUCUGCAGUGUUUUGGACUGACUAUGUAGCAACCCGGUGGUACCGUGCUCCUGAACUCUGUGGGUCCUUUUUCUCGAAGUAUACCCCUGCCAUUGAUAUAUGGAGCAUAGGGUGCAUCUUUGCUGAAAUGUUACUGGGAAAGCCACUGUUUCCUGGAAAAAAUGUGGUUCAUCAGUUGGAUAUUAUAACAGAUCUUCUGGGCACUCCUUCUCCUGAAGCCAUUGCAAGGAUUAAAAAUGAAAAGGCUAGACGAUAUUUAAGUAAUAUGAGAAAGAAAACACCAGUACCUCUCUCUCAGAAAAUCCCAAACGCUGACCCUCUAGCUCUUAACUUGUUGGAACGUUUGAUUGCAUUUGAUCCCAGAGAUCGUAUCUCUGCUGAACAGGCAUUAGCAGAUCCAUACUUUUAUGGUUUGGCGAAUGUGGAAGAGGAACCAUCUACCCAUCACAUUUCAAAAUUCGAGUUUGCAUUCGAAAGGAGAAAGAUUACAAAAGAUGAUGUAAGAGAGCUAAUCUACAGGGAGAUCUUGGAGUAUCAUCCCCAGAUGCUCCAGGAGUACCUUCAAGGCGUGGAUCAUACUAGCUUUAUGUAUCCCAGCGGGAUUGAGCAAUUCAAACAGCAAUUUGAUCAUCUGGAGGGACAAUAUGGUAACGGAUUAAGAAGGCCUCCACUCCUCAGGCGGUAUGCGUCAUUGCCCAGGGAGAGGGUCUGUAUACCCAUCGAUGAGGAUCCAGACCAGAAGGAAGAAUUUGAGAGGCACACGAAGGAUGUCGUUGCGCGUACCUGCCUCAAUAGCCCUCCUCGAUCAGAAGAGCAUAAGGAAUCAGACUCUGCAAAUUCUAGUAUGGUUGCUUUGCCAAAUUGCCGUAGUAGACCAUGCUAUAGUGCACGUUGUAUAUUAAGAAGUUCUAGUAUUAGUGCAUCCAAGUGCAUUGAAGUUAAAAGUGGCGGCUGUGAGGAUACACUCACCAAGCAAAAAAUGAAUGGAAUUGGCGGAUUCUCAGAGAAGGUGCCAGCAUUGUAUGCUUGA